AUGUCUUCAUCCAUUGUUCCUAACGCAGCGGCCCCGCCCCCCAAUGUGCCCCCUGGCGCCGGCGCAAGAUCAUCCAAAGUCGCCCUCCAUCUUGGACACCUCCCGAAGAAAACGGAUAUCAAGGGACCUUAUCCUCGUACUCCUACUCGGAUUGACCCCAAUAACCCUCCAUGGCCAGCGUACCGCGGUUACCAUGAAUACUCAUUCGCUCACGCAACUAUGGGCCAUCGCCUGCCCACUAUCCUUGGCAAGGCGAUCGACGACACUAUCCGGACCCUCAACGAGCAACAUGACGAGGAGAAGGUCGUCGAUCUCGUCAAAUGUUGCGAACGUAUGGACGUCCUCAUGCAUGAUCUCUCCGGCAACGCGAAGCUUAGACCCAUCAUCGAUGAUGGCGAGGCUGACGUCGCUUUAUGGAACAAGGAAAUCGCAAAAUACUUCCAGGGCAAGGACUUCAUGAACGCACCUUGGCUCUUCGCCGAGGCAUAUAAAUAUCGUCGCCUGCAUGAGGCUUUCAGCGUCAGUAAAUAUUGGAAAGAUUACGAUGUCUUCUACCGGCAAAAGUGCGAUACGUUCUCCCGCUCCUCUGACGCUGUAUUCGAACUCUCCCUCCGCUUCAUCGAACCCUUCAAACGUGGUCCUGAUGUGUCUGAGGAAGAGCAUCUGGAGGCAGAGCGUCUGAUGUUCCUUGAGCUUACACAAGUGUGCUUGUGGGGGAACUCGACCGAUCUGUCCCUUCUCAUUAACAUGUCCGAGGAGCAAAUCAAGUCUCUUCAAUCGACGGGUGGAGAGCACCUCGCUGCUACUGAAAAGAACAUCUUGGGCAACCACAUGGGCGAACUCUGGAACACCGUCAAGGAUCUCCGGGUCAAGACCGGCGGUAGGAUUGACUUCGUCCUCGAUAACGCUGGAUUCGAACUGUAUUGUGAUAUGGUCUACGCCGACUUCCUCGUACAGACUGGCCUCGCCAACCAAGUUCGCUUCCACGGGAAGAGGUUUGCGUGGUUCGUGUCCGACGUGACGAAAAAGGACUGGGACUGGCUGCUCAACACGAUGGUAUACGGUCAUCUUUUCCCCAAAGCUUCCGAACAGGAACGCGAAUCUCUUCGCAGGUUGGGCGAGCGCUGGAAACAAUACGAGCGAGAGGGAAAAUGGGUUUACGAGCAACAUCCUUUCUGGUGCACCGGAUACACCUUCUGGGACCUGCACAGCGAAGCCCCUGAUCUUUUCCUUCACCUCUCCCGCUCCGACCUCGUCAUCUUCAAGGGUGAUCUCAACCACCGCAAGCUCACGUACGACUGUGCCGCGCCUGCGUCGACUCCAUUUGACAUCGCCAUUGGCCCCAUGGCCAGCUCCGCUGGUGCACCGAAAGUCUGCUCAUUGCGUACCAUCAAGAGCGACGUCGUUGUCGGUUUCGAGAACGAUGAGAUCGCCGAAAAGCUGGACAAGGAAGAGCCCGGCUGGAAAAUCAGCGGGAAAUACGCUGUCGUGUUGUUGUCAGAAGGUCGUCCUGGCGAGAAGGUCCGCUUCGCGUAGACAGCGCAGCGGGAUAUGUUUUAUUUUUGUAUUUCCGAGUUGGUGGCGAGCUUACUUAUCCUAGAUGUUGUUCUUUACCUUUCGUUCUCUUUUCCAGUUCCUAUGAUAGGCAAACCCACGAUCGCGCCAUAUUAUUCCUGUAUCUACCACCGCUUACCCCGACUCUUGUCUUUCUACUGUAUGGCUGUAUACCGCAUCUGUUUUUGAACGCGAGCGCAGUGUAGGUUAUUGACAGUAAAUAUGACUACCCUGCUUACACUGUGUGUAUCACAC